AUGACAAGUGAAGAAGUGACCUAUGCAGAUCUGAAAUUCAUGACACUGGAAAAAUUUCAGGACCAGGAGCUCCAGACUGCUGCAGCAAAAGAUUCCUCCAGCCCAUCUUCUUGUUGGCGACUGGCUACAAUGGUACUUGGGGUUUUCUGCCUGAGUUCAGUGGCAGCUGCAGGAGUCUUGGCUGCCAAGUGUAAGGAUGAAAACUUCACCCUGCAAAAGGCAGUUAUGGAAAGCCUCAACCAGCAACUAGAGCUCCUCCAGGCUCAGAAUUUGAACUUGACAGAGACUGUAAAGCAGCUUGCCACCCACAGAGGACAUAAAUGUAUUCCUUGCCCUGAGAACUGGCUACAGUAUGGGGAGAACUGCUACUUCUUUUCAGAGGAAUGGAAAACCUGGCAAGAAAGCAAGGCAAAAUGCUCAGCUCUGGAGUCCAGACUUAUUAAGAUAGAGAGUAAGGAAAAGCUGGACUUCAUAAUGCAAUCAGCACUGUCUCGCAGUUCUUCCAUUUUUUGGAUUGGGCUGUCUCACAACAGAGCCGAGGGGCCCUGGCUGUGGGAGGAUGGAUCAGCUUUUUCCCCUGAUCUGUUUCAGAUCCAAUGA